AGUUGGUGACGAGUGUUAUGAAAAUGGCCUCAACCCUGCCCGUGAGCAGCACGGUACACCGGAGAAGAUGACGAUGUUGAACACCAAAGUGUCUUCUUUAAACACGUAGAGAAAAGUGAAGUUAAUAGAAACUAACAGACUGUCGGCGGAGAAACGUCUAGAAACACCACAGACCGCCGCAUAUCUUCGUGGGGCUUUGAGGAGCCACUAUGGAGGAUAUCAACUCAAAUAUCAACGCGGACCUGGAGGUGCGGAAGCUGCAGGACUUGGUGAAGAAACUCGAACAGCAGAACGAACAGCUCCGAAGCCGGUCUACGAUGUUGUCCUCGUCCGGAGCCAUGUCAGGGAACCAUAGACCCCUUAGCGCCGGAUACGAGUCUACGUCCCUGUCAGCGGGGAUGGCAGCCGGGCUGGCCGGCUUCCCUGGGGUGGGGUUCGGUGGGCUGCUAGAGAACAACCGCUGUUUGAGCCCUAGACUGUCUUAUGACGGCAUCAGCUUCAGGAGGGCGUAUGAAUAUGAGGGGGCAUCGGCUUCUCCCUCCAUGCCGAGUAUGAACUCACUUUAUUCAGACUCCACAGGGGGAUUUCACGAUGAAGGGGAAACAUCGGUCUUAGACGAAGUGGAAAUCUUAGACCUGGAGGACAUGGAUUGUCUGCAAGAAGACGAGGACAGCUGGCUCUAUGAGGCGAAACUGGACAGUCCUCUGCAGAAAACCCUGAGUCCUAUCGUUUGGUGCCGCCAAGCUCUUGACAACCCGAGUCCUGAGAUGGAGUCAGCCAAGCGCUCCCUCAUCCACAGACUGGAUCUCACCCUGUCAGCCAACAAGCGAAGGAGUCUGUAUGGAAGUCCUUACAACCAGCAAGGUUAUGGAAGUCCUUACAGCACAAACGCAGCCAACAGCCCCUACAGCAGUGGCUUUAACUCCCCCUCCUCAACCCCUAGUAGAGUGCCCAUAGUCAGACAGCAACUCAUGCCUGGGAACGCAGUGCACCAGCGAAACUCAGCAGCAGAGAGGAAUCCUCCAGCGGUGAGCCCUCAGUCUUCAGUGGACAGCGAGCUGAGCACCUCGGAGAUGGACGAGGACUCAGUCGGGUCCUCAAAUACCUACAAACUCAAUGAUGUCACUGACGUUCAGAUACUUGCACGCAUGCAGGAAGAGAGUCUGAGACAGGAUUAUGCUGCAACAGCAUCCAGAAGGAGCUCAGGCUCCUCCUGUCACUCACUGCGGCGCAGCACGUUCAGCGACCAGGAGUUAGACGCACACAGCUUGGAGGAUGAAGAGGAGGCGGUGCAUCCGGCCUUCCACCUACCCUCAAACCGCUUCAGCCCCUCCCCUCGACACUCUCCCCGCGCCUCCCCCAGGAAUUCACCCCGCUCCCGCUCCCCCGCCCGCUCUAUCGACUACAGCCACAGUCGUGGCUCGCCUCAGCCCAUCAUCAGCCGCCUGCAGCAGCCUCGCCACUCGCUGCAGGGACAAGGCCAUGACAUGCAAACUAAUGUGGUGAAGAAUGAAGAAAAGCUGCGUCGUAGUCUUCCCAACCUUACUCGCUCCUCGGCAGCAGCAGCUCAGGGUCCAGAGCCCGUCAAGAACAGCCGCAGCUGCGAAUCCAACCUGCAAGUGCAAAACGGAGGCUCUCCUCGACACCAGAACCAGUCUACAACAGCAGCUCAGCUCCCGAGAUACUCAACUCCUUCUCGCUCCUCUCCGAAACCUAAACAGCAUCUCCAAAGCCCAACAGCCCUGCGAGUCCCGCUCUCCUGUUGCUUUGGAGAAGAAGGUGAUUUCAUCCCCUCUCCCAGUAAGCUGCGGACUCCGGCCACCCCGUCCCCGCUGGCCCUGAGGCAGCCUGUAAAGGCGACAUCCAACCCCAACUCUGCCACCUCCACCCCCACCCGCUCCCUAGCUCAACCACGCAGCGGCCUACCCCGCCCCAGUGCUAAUGCAGGAGGGGGGAUCCCUCUGCCCCGCAGCAAACUGGCCCAGCCAGUGCGCAGAUCUCUUCCUGCUCCUCGGACCUACAGCACCACAGGGGACAACUGGAGAGAAGGUUGUUACUGAAAGGAGCCAGCAGGGGGGCUCCCUAAUAAAACUAUCAACGCAAGGAAGCAGACAUUUCAACAUGGCACUUUACCUAGAAACCUUUGACAGUGGAGAAAGAGAGAGAAACUAUGUUCCAAAAAUAAAAUGGAGAUUUUAAAAAAGAGAGGAAGGUGUCUACAUUGUGUCUAAGAGGAACCUCCCAUCGUGUUCCUCUUCGGGGUCUGGCUCUGGAGGGGUCAGGCAUGUAGUGCAGACCAAAAGAUGCCAAAGAAACCAGCCCGACUCCAGCUCGCCCAGCAGAGAACACAUCACCUGCCUUUUGUUUGACUGCAAUCCUUUGUCAGACAGUCCAUAUUUCAUCGCAGACCUUUUCUCCCCCACCCCCCCACCCCCUUUUCUUCUGUCAUCACCUCCCUCAGGUUGAAAUGUUUCCACACAUUUCUCUCUUUAUGCUCUGUGCUCAACAGAUAGUUGGUGAGUGAUCUCUAUGAUGAUGCUGUGCAGGUGAACGUACCGUAAUGUUAGAGAAUUGUUGAUGUCUCGCAACAGUGAAAGCACCUCUGUGUGGGGUAAUGACAUUUAAAAAAAAAAAAAAAACCUUUCCUCUUGUAAAAUCAGCCAGAAUGUAUGCACAAGUUUGUUUUGGAAAUUAUUUAUUCAAAUUAUUUAAAGAAAUGUAUGUCAAAACAUCCAUAUCAGUAUUUUGUUUAGAGAUUAUUGAAUUGAAAAUGUACAUUUUGAACCUCAACUGCAAGCUAACUCUCCAAAGCCUUUUUUCUUUGUAGUGUAAAAUCAGAACUUCAUUAUUGAUGGAUCAGACAAAUCCUGAGUUCUGACUUGUACUACAGUCUGCCAAGAUAAUAAUUUUCCAUCUAAGUGCUAAUACAGCUUACUUUAAAAAACAGAGAGGUGUACUACAAAGUAAGAUCAUCGUUAGGCUUUCUUUGCGUUAGCUUGCUCGAUAAAAACCAUUUUUCAGGGUAUGAAUGAUCUGCUGUGUGGAUGUUUUCUCUACCAGAAGCAAACAGGGAAGGGUCAGAUUCCCUGCAUCAUUAGCUUAAUGCAUGCAGGUGCCCUUAAGAUGAUGCAUGCACAGCUGUAACUGCAAGGCUUCAUUCUGUGGCAUUACAGAGUCAGUGUACUAUAAGCUUGCAUAUAUGACUAAUCACAUCGAUGAGAAUCUGUCCCAUAGAGAAUAACAUUAGGAAAGUAAUCGGUGAAAGGAUGACACCUUUUACAGUAGAUUUAAAUCCAAAACUCUGUACUUAACCGUUUUGUGCAAAGCAGGUACAUUUUGUGCCACUGUAUCCAGGUUAAAAGUGAAGCUACCUGAGUGAAAGAGAGAACUUUAUAUGCUUCACUGACCAAUUCUUCUGGCUUUGUAGUACAACCCUCUGACAUAAAGUCUGAUCUUUAGCUGAUGACUGAACCAAAUUCAAUUGGAUUAAACAAGAAGCAUAAGCACAAAAACAUUUUCUUCAUGUUCAGCCAAUGAGCCCCAGAAAAUCGGAAUGUGAUUCCUUAAAUUCCCACCACAGAUUCAUGUCAGUGUGUAUCAUUCACGCCAGGAAAAAAAGGAAAAAUGUCUUGAAUAAGAUGACAGUUCAGUUUUGCUCGCUUUUACCUCCUGUGCUCAGAAUCAAAAGGUGUGUCAGUGUUAGGGGAAACUGUGCUGAUCAUUGGUGUGGUGGCUGUUAUGAAACUAGUGCCUAUAAUUUAAAUUUCACUUGAGUUUGAACAUCAUGUUUGUUUGUUUCUUCAUCAUUUGUGCCGAUUCCUGGUUUUGCCAAUAUUAAUUAUUUUUCUGCAAUUUUCUAUCUGCUUGAUUGAUUUGCUUGCCUGUUUGUGUUUUUGUAAAUGAAAUUAAAACAUUUAUAAUUGCUUUAAAAAAAAAAGUUUAAAAUGCGCCUUCAUAUUUAUAACUAAUUACUCUUUAUUCUGUAAAUGAAACUAUUUAUUAAAGAGAGAGGUGCCUCUGUCAGAUUCAGUGGGAAGCUACAGCGAAUGUUGCAAAAAGACAUGCCACACCUUUUGUGUGAAAGGUUUUUGUUAUUGAACUUUUUUUUAUAUCCACAAACAUGACAUUCAGUUGCCUGGUGUACAAUUCACAUUUCAAAUAAAAGCUGAAACGUUUU